CCAGCGGGCGCGCGAAGCAAAUCGAGAGAUCAGGCAAUAAAUCGCGCGACUUGCGCUGUGCGCUCGUAUUUACGGAAACAUAAAUAUUCGAGGACCUCAGAAUUCGAUCGUCGUGACGGUAAUUUAUUACAGAAUCAAGAGUAAAUAGUCUUCGAAAUAUAUAAUUACGUAAUCAUUUUGUUGUGCGUUUAAUAGUGAAGUGUAAACAGUAAAUAAACAAUAAUUUUGCAGUGCAAAAACUACAUAUUAAGUUUAAGUAAUUCAUCGAAUGAUGACUUUUUAGUGCUGAGAUAUAUAGGCGAUAAAUUAAUUAAUGCAAAAAUGUCGUUAAAGAAAGAGUCUCGCACGGACGUGCAGUUCCACCUGGCGGCGCUACGCGGAGACUGCGAGCGCCUCAAACAGCUGCUGGACACGGGGAAGGUGCACAUUGACUCCAGGGACAGGGACGGCACCACGCCGCUGAUCCUGUCGGCGGCCAUGGGGCACACUGAGUGCGUGCGCGAGCUGCUGGCACAGGGCGCGGACCCCGCCUGCUGCCGGACGACAGGGACGAGCGCGCUGUUCUUCGCGGCGCAGGGCGGCUUCCUGGACAUCGCGUGCUUGCUGCUGGACUGCGGCGCCGACAUCGACGCGCCCAGCACGGACGGCGGCACUCCGCUGUUCGUGGCGUGCCAGUGCGGCCACCUGCCCGUCGCGCAGGAGCUGGUGCGCCGGGGAGCCAACGUCAACUCCUGCAUGAAGGACAAGGCGACCCCGUUGUUCAUAGCGGCGCAGAACGGGCACGAGGAGGUGUGCGCGGCGCUGCUGGCGGCCGGCGCGCGCGUGGACGCGGUGCGCAGCGACCGCGCGUCGCCGCUGUGGAUCGCCUGCCAGUGCGGCCACCAGCGCGUGGCGCGCGCGCUGCUGGCCGCCGGCGCGCACGUCGACCGCCUGCGCCAGGAUGGCGCAACUCCGCUGUUCAAAGCGGCGCACAAGGGCCACGCCGCCGUCGUAGCGGAGCUGCUCAAAUAUAAGCCCAACCUGGGCAUACUACCGAACGGGCAGUCGGCGUUGCACGGCGCGGCCAUGUUCGGCCAGAUGGCGUGCGUGCGGCUGUUGGCGCGGCGCCGCGCGGCGCAGGUGCCGGUGACCACUCUCCGCAACGCGGCCGGCCUCACGCCGCUGCAGGUGCCGGUGACCACUCUCCGCAACGCGGCCGGCCUCACGCCGCUGCAGGCCGCCGCCGCCGCGGGCAAGCGCGACGUGGCGGCCUACCUGCGCCAGCUCGAGCACUCGUGAUGCGUGAAACUGAACGCGCUAAUCUCAAGAACCAACUGGAAAAACUUUUUUUGGUACAUAGUCCAUUUAUCGAGGCUACAGGCUAUAUCACAUCACGCUACUACCAAUAGGAGCGGAGCGGAUACGGAAACGGAUAAAGUAACGCCAAGUCCGCGACAGCAUGCCUAUCUUUCAAGGUAGACUGAUAAGCAGACGAAGUCGCGGGGGACCGCUAGUCCAAGAUAAAAUACAGUUUUCUUCAAAAACUUGCGCAGCGGUGGUCUCCAGAGUGAUUUUCCAACUUGCGGUAGAUAUUUUAGUGUAUGCGCAAACAAAUUGCACUCCCUACUCCCUCACUCUCGUAGUCCGAUAGGACAACAGAUCCGAGAGGACAUGCUCUAAACAUUAUAGCGAGAAAAUACACAUCCGAAUCCUCUAAUAUUAGGAGAUUAACGCUAUCAUCUGUAGCUUUAGAGAUUUGUUACUCUAUCCCUUUUGUGAUAUUGAUUGUGGCAUCCCAUCUUACUAAUAUGACAUUAAAUAAAUCUAUCUAUACUAGUAUCAUAAAUAAGAAAUUUUGGAACGCAGACGGAUACUGAAUAAAAUUUAGCACAGAGAUAAAUCAUAUAUAUUCCACAAAAAUGUACCGUUGCCGUGAGAUGCCCACUUGCUUGUUUGCCCGCUAUUAAUAUAUAAAAAAAGAAUUUGUUUUUGUAUUCCAUAGAGCAAGAGAUCGAUAUGUUGUUAUGCAUAGUGUUAUACAAUAAAGUUUAACUUAUGCAUACACAUAAACAUUUCUACACACAAAGUCGCGGGCAACGACUUGUGGUUAUAUAGCGUUGUAUGAGAGAAGAGGCCAGUGCCCUUUUUUAAUCAGUAGUUCCUCUUUAAUGAGUUUACAAGUUCCUAUAAAAUUGUUUACGAUGAUUUACAACUAUCAUUAAUUUAACAUUGUGUUGUAAUCAUAGAAAUAUUAAUAACAGGACCCUAGAAAUGCUGUGUACGCGUCAAUUUGUCGUCGCGAACGAGACUCUGAGCACACCAAUUGUUAUUUCGUACCACGAAAACAUUGUAAUAUAUAAAAAACUGCCUCUACGCUCUAAAGCUACUAGUGUGCUGGUUCUGAUAAACCAUUUACACGUACAUAUCUGAGUUUUAACGUGAAACCGAAAACCUAAUAGUUUUUGAGUAAACCACUGCCAUAGUUUAAAACUAAAAGAAA